GGCCCGGUUCACCCCCCCCACCCCGAUCUAUCUCCCCGGCUUCUUCCGCCUCCUCCUGCCCCCGGAGCCGUGCAAGGACCCGGCGAGGGCUCGGGGCUGUGACCCCCUCCUCCUACUGAGGGCUUCCAAGGGGGAAGACAUGUGACUUAGUGGGUAUAGGGUUUUCAUGUGGUUUUUAAAAUACCCUUUGGAUAGCGUGAUGUCUUCCUGAAAUACGCUGUUAAAGUCUUAUUUUAGAAACAGCAGUUCAGAAGUGCCGGGAAUUUGGUUCCCAGAGGAAAGAGAAGCCUCUUGAAACUUGCCAAUGGUUAUUUUCAAGCUUUUUUUUUCUUCCCAUGAUGGAUGAAAAUCAGUGGUAUAACUAGGCGAUACUGGUUCCAAUAUCGUUAACUUGGGUUCUUACAUAGCCUCGGCUCGGUGGGAGUCCCGUCCAGUGAGUGAACUGCUGUACCGGUGAUACUGUGCUGUGUAUCACGUUUUGGAGCUGGUGAUCCUAAGGCAGGAAGGAGAACACAAAACAAAUCAAGUUGUUGUUUUGGUUUUAUUUGGGUUUUUUUUUUGCAGGCCCGCGAGAGAUGGAUUUUAUUUGACGUUUAUAGUAGAGGAAAAACGGGAAGGAAAUAGGCGGUGCAGCUUUUGGGGCAGGAAGCAGAGAAGAGAGGAUUAAAGGAAAUGUGCAUAGUGAAAAGUGUGUGACGGCAUCAGACAAGUUGAGGAGCAGAGGGGGGAAAAGUGAAAAAUAACCUAGAGCAAGACAGCAGGUGAGAGGAGAGCAAAGGGAGAAGGUAACAAAGUGCAGCAGGUGUUUUAUUUUGAUUUUUAACAUUUAUUAUAAUUUUUAUGUUUAUUAUUAUUGCUUUGGUUAAAGGUUCCAGGGGAAGUCUGUGCUAACAUGAGAAGUGAUGCUGAGGAGGCCCAAAGUCGCCUCCUUUGCCUGCCGUGCCAGGGGUAUGGGGUGCGCCAGGAUGGGGAGCAGGGGUUCUUCCUCCUUGCUUCCCAUUUUCAUGACCUUUUGUUCAACACUUAUGGAAUUGCUAAGAGUGAUAAUUCCUUUUUUAAAAAAUUACAUUGUAGUGCCUCACCAACUUAAUUUUAGGAGUCUUUCAUCAUAUGAUCCAGAUGCUGUCUAAAUUAAUCCCACCUUAUAAAUGAGUGGUGGAUAUGUUGUUCAAUGAUGUCCCUUAAGUGUGUGGUACUGGGAUUAACAGAUUAAACCACUUUUGAGGUUUGCAUUUAUAUGAACACUUUUCUGGAAGGGGUUGGGCAAAGAAGUGCCUUUUGCCUUCUGCAAAAAAGCUUUGGGAAUGUUUUAUGCCAAGAAACUUACCUUGAACAUUUAGAAAAGGGGUUUGUGGUUCUUGGCUUUCCAAAAUUGAAGAUUAAAAUGUACGUACCUAAAGAUGAUCUUAAACACCUUGCAUGUGGUUCAGACAAUAGAGUGCUUUUGCAUCUGUUUUUUUUUCAUCUGAAUUUAAGGAUUACAGGGUUGGGUUUUUGCUGCUGUUAGGAAAGUGAUAUUGUUAUUUUGGAUCAUUUUGUAUUUAAAUAGCGGGCAAAUAUCCUUUUACUUACCAUUUGCAGAUUUUGAAGUACUGAUCCAAACUUUUCCUGUAGCACAAUAGCACAGGAUAAACGGACAAUCUUUCCACGAGACACAAAGAUCGAAGCUCUGGAGAGAUUGAUGAUUUUUGGAGGUGAUGUUAAACAUUUCUGAAAUAUUCUGGGAGUACAGCUCUUCAGGAAUGCUAAUAGAGAUCUGCGUGGGUGUUACAAAGUUUUACAGCAGGAUUCCUUGGUCUGAUUCUUCCAUCACUUUCUGUGCAAGUAAAUAGAGUUACACAUGGCACAGAACCAACUUCUACAGCUGGAGCACGUUUUCUUUCAUGUUUUUGGUUAACCUUGCUUUGUCCCCAACACAAUGUUUACCUUUCAUAUCUUUGCACUGGGUUUAAGUAUCUCAAUUCCAGCAGAACCACCACCCCCAGCAGUGUGUGACUGUCACCUCAGACAGCAGUCCCUCCUCAGUGAGGACACUGAGUUUUGAGAGGGGUACUAUAAAUACUUGAGUCUGCAGAAAGAUGUGGAGCUAGAGAAAAAUAGUUUGGCAGUUCCAUGUGAAUGAAGUGCUGAUGUGUAAAAGUUAUUGUCCCCUGCACGUGACUGAAAGUCGAAUCCUAAGUAGUGGGCUGCUAUAAAGAUACUGACAAAUUUCAGGAUUUAAAGGAAAAAAAAUGAGACUGAGACAUUCAUUUUAACACAAGAAAUUAUUUUAAAAGUAAGUGCAGCGUAGUUUGGUUCAGUGCUGUGUUUGGAGGCCGUACUGGGACAGUUGGCAAUGGGUGGCACAGGCAGAAACAGUAAAGAUGACUAGAGAGACAAACCUUAUCAAUGGACGAACUGCAGCAUUUCCUAGUAGAGGCAAAAUGGAAAAAGACUUGCUCUUUUUGAAGGGCAAACAGAGAUGGGCACAGGGCAGGGCAAAGUCUACUUAGGUUGAGAUGGACUAAGUAACAUAAAUGGAGAUGGGGGAAAGGAGUGCUCGCUGUCCCUUCUGAGAUCUGUUAGCUCUUAGGGUCUUUUGAGUCUCCUUAAAUGAGUCUUGAUUUUCCUCAUAUGUAUUAACAGAGACAUGCUGUACUUUUUGUUAGUGCCUCUUCAGAGGAACCAGUAGGACAAGCUCUAUUGACUCACUGUUGUACUGUUUUUAGAGAUGUGUCUUGCAUGUGAAACGUCAGUGUUUUAAGAUGACCUGCAGUAUCUAAAUACAGGUCUGUUACUGCCACUGCAAGGCACAAAAAUAGGUUUUGUUAAGGCGUGUUUCAGAGCAGCCUGCUUACUGCAAAAUCCAUCUCCUUUGGCUCAAAUGAUCAGAAUUACAUAAAUAAUGACCUUGUACAGGCAUGUGAGCCUCUUCUGUGACUUCUGAGAAAAGACAAAGGCUACAAACUUGUCAGCAGUAUUGGCUUUUCUAAAGAUGUUUGUGGUGGUUAAAAUGACAAGGCAACUGUCAAGCUUAUUUUGUAUAAAGUGCUGCAUGUAACCAAUAUCCAGCUUUUCCUGGAAGAACUGAGCUACAAUGCAAGGGGCUUUCUGAAAACUGAUAGAGGCUUUUCCUCAGUCCACUUCACAAGGUUACCACGUUAAUGAUUAAUUGAAGAGAAUGUGUUUAUAUCAGCCAGUGCUGCUGGCAAGGAAUAUUGUUCAGGCAUAUUCAUAACUUUAUUUGUAGUCUGCCUUUUGCAGUUGAUUCAUGUUGAGCCUCUCCCUUCUUCUCAAUCCUCCAGGAUCUGAAGGUGUCUUUGUAUCCAGCGUUGUUCUGGUCUUACAACAGCGAGCACUUUUCAAGUUCUACAUGAUCACAUCAGCGUUUCUGCUGGCUGCAACUUCAGUGUUGGUGAAUUACUAUGCUGCUUUGCACAUAAACUUCUACAGUGCCUACAACACAGCUGCAUUUGGAAUUCAGAUUUUCCCACAUAAAGGACCUUCGCUAUGGAUGGCACUUUCCAUCCUUCAGCUUACCUUUGGAAUUGGAUAUGUUACAUUGCUAAACAUGCAGUCCAUAUACUCUCAACUCAUCAUCCUGGAUAUACUGAUUCCUGUAAUUGGCUUGGUCGUUGAAUUACCUUUAAAUGUCCGGCAAGUACUUGUUUUUAUUUCAGGCCUAGUUCUGACACUAAAUACCACAGCCAUUUUAGCUACAAAAAUUAAGUGGUUCUAUUAUUCGGUACGAUACGUUUAUCUGCUGGUGAGGCACAUGUAUCGUAUUUAUGGAUUACAGCUUUUGAUGGAAGAUACGUGGAAAAGGAUUCGGUUUCCAGCUGUACUGCGUGUCUUUUGGCUAACAAGACUUACAGCACAAGCUGUGGUAUUAACUUAUGUAGUAAAGAUGGCUGAAAACAACACAGAAGAAAAAUUCUUCUUGAUAUCGUGGGAUAACUGUUGGGAACUGAUUUGCAGCCUGAUCAUAAGUGGGUGUGACUCUACUUUAACUGUACUGGGCAUGAGUGCCGUCAUUUCCUCAAUAGCGCAUUAUUUGGGACUUGGUAUCCUGGCCUUCAUUGGGUCAACUGAUGAGGAUGACAAAAAGCUUGGGUUUGUAGCACCCGUCCUGUUUUUCAUUUUGGCUCUGCAGACUGGUUUAAGUGGACUGAAACCAGAGGAACGAUUAGUUCGCCUGAGUCGAAACAUGUGCCUUUUGUUGACCGCAGUCCUGCAUUUUAUCCAUGGAAUGACAGACCCCGUGCUGAUGUCUCUCAGUGCCUCCCAUGUGUCAUCGUUCCGCAGACACUUUCCUGUACUGUUUGUCUCCGCUUGCCUUUUCAUUCUUCCAGUUCUGCUCAGUUACAUCCUCUGGCACCACUAUGCACUAAAUACUUGGCUUUUUGCAGUCACAGCGUUCUGUGUAGAGCUUUGCCUAAAAGUAAUAGUUUCUAUCACUGUUUAUAUAUUGUUUAUGAUUGACGGCUACUAUAAUGUGCUAUGGGAAAAACUUGAUGAUUAUGUCUAUUAUGUUCGCUCAACUGGCAAUAUUAUUGAGUUUAUAUUUGGAGUAGUCAUGUUUGGAAAUGGAGCUUACACAAUGGUUUUUGAAUCGGGAAGCAAGAUUCGUGCUUGCAUGAUGUGUCUGCACGCGUACUUCAACAUCUACCUGCAAGCCAAGAAUGGCUGGAAGACUUUUAUAAACCGCCGCACUGCUGUGAAGAAAAUCAACUCGCUUCCAGAGGUAAAAGGAGCUCGGCUACGUGAAAUUGAUGAUGUCUGUGCAAUCUGCUACCACGAGUUCACCACCUCUGCACGCAUUACUCCAUGCAACCAUUAUUUCCAUGCACUUUGUCUUCGGAAGUGGCUGUACAUUCAGGACACGUGCCCAAUGUGCCAUCAGAAAGUGUAUAUUGAGGACAAAGAAAAUACCAAUAUCUCUAACAACAACGGGUUUGUAGCACCAAAUGAAAAUCCUGUACGGGCUGCAGAAGAAGCUGCUGAUGCUGAAAAUGAAUUAAAUGAUGAUAAUGACAGUUCUGACAGUGAUGAGGAAGAUGGCGACUGUGUGGCACAGCACUUGAAUGAGACUCUUAAUGUUGACUCUAACUCUCUUGGUGAUUAGGAUGUCCUUUACUAAGCCGUGAGGUAUUUGUUCAAGAUUGACUCCAACAGAAUAAAAGUAUCACUUUGUAGUUAUUGUACUUAAGCACAACAGCAGUAUCUCAAUGUUGAGUCUGUGAAUGGUGGUUGUUUACUGUGGUGUGUGCUACUGUAAAUAUACCUCUAAUUUUUGCUGGUCUCUUUCAUGACCACCUUAAAAUUAUGUACAUUAUUGUACAUGGAAUAAAAUGUUUUCACGUUUUUAAGAUGGUUGGAAAACACUCUUUAAUUGAUGUAGUGAUAAUGCUGUGCCAAAGACUGUAUACCAGUAAUCCCCAAUCAACGUCUUCUGGAUGCAAAUGAAAAAUACUGGUGAAAAUAGACUGUUCAGCCGGUCAACUCGGAAAUGAAAGCCUGAGCCAAAGCAGCUUUACUUACAAAUUCAGUAUUAGCAGAGCUUUAUUGCAAAAAAAUAGUAGGUUGUGUUUUUUAAAAAAUAACAAAAAUGUAGGUUGGUAGACUUAAUGCUAUAGCAUUUGCGUAUGUGGAACAAAAGGCAACACUGCUCAGCUUUCUGGUGAAGCAGCAAAGUGCAUGCCAUGGAUGUGUCCGACCCUCCUGAACUGCCAGCUGUAGCUUGAAGUGCUUUACAUGUGAAUGCAGCAGCCUGGUGCUCAUCCUGUGCCUCCACUGCUAACUGGAGUGACAGGCAUGGCCUGGCCUUGAAGUCGAUCCUGAAUCUUUAGGAAAGGGGAACAGGGCUGAGAAACUGCACAAAGGCAGACCACCUUUUCAAAAGCAGCUUUAAUCUCGUACCAUAAAAAAACCCAAACCCACUACAUAUUGGCUUCAAUUGAUUAGAACUUGCAGGAAUGAUGAUUUUUAAGCUUUUGCAAUAUAUUUACUGAAGUUAAGUUGAAUAAAUGUAAGAAAAACAACUUUACAUAUUUGGAAAGAAGACUUUAAUGGUGUUGUUAUAUAGAGUAUUGGCCAACUCAAGUGGGUCAUCUUCUCUUACUGCCGCCAUUAUUUCCAGUAUUUGACUAAAAAAGAAAGAUUUAUAUUAGAAGACUGAAACCCAGUACUUCUGAAUGUACUUCAGAUUGCUGCAUGUGUAUGUACAACUCACUAAGAUUAAGCUGGAAUAAAAACCUACACUAAGAGCAAUAGGGCAGGGUGCUCAGAUAUGCAAAUAGCUUCACUUUUAAGUUACUAACUGCCAUUUCUUUUACACUGAACACUGGUUUGCUUACUGGUACAGAUUCAUCUUUGGUCUUUUGACUCUUGUUUGGAGGUAAUUAAACAGCUUUCUGUUUUGAA